CAGUGAUUUGCUAAGUGGCUGUUCGCUCUUUUGAAAUGGCAAAACAUCACCCAGAUUUGAUUUUCUGCAGGAAACAGGCUGGAGUUGCUAUUGGAAGACAGUGUGAAAAAUGUGAUGGCAGAUGCGUUAUCUGUGACUCUUAUGUCAGGCCCUGUACACUAGUUCGUAUUUGUGAUGAAUGCAACUAUGGGUCUUACCAAGGGCGCUGCGUCACCUGCGGAGGUCCUGGAGUAUCUGACGCUUACUACUGCAAAGAGUGCACCAUCCAGGAGAAAGACAGAGAUGGCUGCCCCAAGAUCGUAAACCUCGGCAGCUCGAAGACUGACCUUUUCUAUGAAAGAAAAAAAUAUGGCUUCAAGAAGAGUAGGUGGCAGUAAGAUUCUUCGGAGCCUUCAGUCCAAAACAUUAGAAGAAAGAAGUUCGGAGGUCAUCGUUUCUUGGGCCGCCGCUAGUGUUUUACUAGCAGUG